CACUGCAAUCUUCUACCGUAUGCACUCACACACUCGCAUGAUUCGCGUAAAGUCGCAUAAACGUCAAAAUAUCAAAAUAAAGCGAAGCUUUCCUGCAAAUUUUGGGGAACCCAGAAACUUUUAUAUUAUUUCGUUUGUGAUAGCAGUGAAGUGAACUAUCCGGCGCCGAUAAGCGUGCAAUCGAUUCGACUCCCGUUGCGGAAUUGUAAACCCGUAAACAACAAGCGGAAACAACCAUGGAUCAGAUGCAGCUUAGUCCGGGGUUUUCGAUCCCGAGUAUCGGCACCCCGCUACAUCAACCGGAAGAGGAUCAACAGAUUUUGCCACAUGCCUAUCAACAGCAGCAGCAAUCCAUGCCCCACAUGACUCCGAUGGGAGGCCUCAGCGCUUACGGAUUACCCUCCGGAAUGAACACACCCGGCAAAAGUAUGCACACGUAUGCGCCCAGUUUCGCGGCCCCACAGAGCAUGAUCCAACCACAGACACCGCAAAGCCUCAUGUCCCCGAUGGUGCCGAUGACGGAGAGCAAGGCUUCAGCCACCCCCGUACACAACAGCGGAAGCAGCGUGCGGGAUCCGGACAACAUCGGAAGCGUGAACAUCCACCAGACGAUGGGUCCUGCCACGCCAAUGACUCCGAUGACCCCGAGCGAACCGGCCAUCCUGCCCCAGUUGCAGAAUAUUGUGUCCACGGUGAACCUCAGCUGUAGGCUGGAUCUGAAGAAAAUCGCUCUGCACGCGCGUAAUGCCGAGUACAAUCCGAAACGUUUCGCCGCCGUUAUCAUGCGAAUCCGAGAACCACGAACCACGGCGUUGAUUUUCUCCAGCGGGAAGAUGGUGUGCACCGGGGCGAAGAGCGAGGAGGAUUCCCGACUGGCGGCCCGAAAGUACGCGCGAAUCAUCCAGAAACUUGGAUUUACGGCAAAAUUCCUCGACUUCAAAGUACAAAACAUGGUCGGCAGUUGCGACGUGCGGUUUCCGAUUCGGUUGGAAGGUUUGGUGCUAACCCACGGUAAGUUCAGCUCCUACGAGCCAGAGUUGUUCCCCGGAUUGAUCUACCGUAUGGUGAAGCCGAGAAUCGUGCUGCUGAUAUUCGUGUCCGGAAAGGUGGUACUGACAGGGGCCAAGGUGCGGCAGGAGAUCUACGAUGCGUUCGAUAACAUUUAUCCCAUUUUGAAGAGUUUCAAAAAGCAGUAACCCUGGGGAAGAUUCAUUCCUUUUAUUAUAUGUUAAGUACUAUGCCCUUGAUUUUCCUGAGUUACUUGCAUUUCUUCAUUGCGUUCUGAAAGUGAUUUAUUGAGAUAAUGUAAGGCAAAUAAUUGCUGAUUCGCCGCGAAGGACAAUUUUGUUUGAAUAAAUAAUUUCUUUAAUGAGGUUCAA